AGUCGGAGAUCAGUCUACAAAAGCUCGCAGACGAGCGAAGUCGCGUUGCUCGCUACGUGUGCGAUAUGAGAGUUCAGUUUCAACCUGAUCAAUUGUUGUUAAAGUAAAACGGCGUGCUACGAGUGGCUGAUACCAGUUUUCGGAUUAAUUUGCAUAUAAAGCAUGUGUUUGACCACUUCGAUCGGCGAUAAAACAGAAUCGUACUACUAAAACAAACAGCCGAAUAUGGGUGCGUUCGCUAGUUUCGGUGGAAAACUGGAAAACCGCCUGCAGUGGGACAGUGACUUAAAACCGCUCCAGCCUAAAUCUCACUCAAGUUCGGUGUACAAAAACUUAUGCCUGGUGAGUGCCAUUUUCGCGUUCAGUGUCGGUCUGACGAUAGGAAUCCUCAUUCCGCUAGUGUACCUCAGGGCACCAGAUAUUAAAAACCAGACCAAACCGAGCGUUAUCACCCCGCUGAUCGCCAACUCAGCUGCUAUAAGGACGAUCUUUCUGAACAACAGCUACGGCUACAAGAACGAGUCCAAGUUUCCCACCGUGUCUUUCGUGGAAAACUUCUCCGGAGGGGAGAAGACCGACGAGACGCACAUCGAGGACGGGAUCUACUGGGGCAAGGACGUCGAGGCGGCCCUUCCCGAAGGCUACAAGGAUAAAAACCACAACGUCUGGGGAGACUACGUCAAGAAGGCCGUGGGAAUCAAAAUGGAGAGCGGUUGCGGCAGGAUGCAGAACCGCCUGGUGACGUUCCAGGACGGUUUGAAGGGGUGCGUUAGGUACCGGCAGAACACCGAUCAGAUCCAGGGCGAGCUCUUCAGCUUCUACUUGGCGAAGAUCCUGAGGUUGCCUAACUUGGCACCCAGCGCCGUCGGCAUAGUGGACCUGAAACAACCCCUGUGGCAGAACUUACGCAACGAAAUCGCGUCAGCACAGUGGAACUCCAACAGGCCCAUAGUUUUAACCCAGUUCAUCUCGAAUUUGAACUCGGCCAACAUCCCAGAGGUGUUCAAGCCGAUCGAGAGGCAUCUGAACAAGUACGACGUGCUGAACAUGACCAAAAGCGAGCUCGUGGACGAGGAGAAUUUGAUAAGGAAGCUGGUCGAGCUGGCCCAGUGGUCCGAUUUGAUCAUAUUCGAUUAUCUUACGGCGAACUUGGACAGAAUCGUGAACAAUUUGUACAAUUAUCAAUGGAAUGCGAAUAUCAUGGAUGCGCCUGCGCACAAUCUGGCGAAGAAGACGGACAGUGAGUUAUUGGUUUUCCUCGAUAACGAAUCCGGCCUCCUGCAUGGGUACAGGCUGUUGAAGAAGUACGAGAUCUACCACUCGAUCCUGCUGGAGAAUCUGUGCAUCUUCAGGAGACAGACGGCCGACAGGAUCAGGAAGUUGAAGCAGAAGGGGAACAUCGGGCAGUUGUUGCGCGAGAUGUUCGAAAGACAAAACAGUGAAAGCGUCAAAGAUAUUCUGCCGACGAUUCCGGACAAGAGUGUUAAGAUUUUAAACGAAAGAAUAGACAAGGUUUACAAUCAAAUAUCGAAAUGUGAGUCUGUUUUUUCUAAUACCUAGUUAGGAGAAGAGUUGUAGGGAUUUUGAAAUUCGAAUGGGGACUAUCGAAAGAAAAAGCAUGCACCUACUAACAUAUGCUUUUUCAUUCGAUACUGCACCUAGUUUUUAGGUAAUUUAUUUAUUUAUUAUACUCACGCAGCCGCCAUAUGCCAUAAUAAAUUUAUUUAUGUCGCCAUCGAAUGGUGAAAUUUUUUGAGAAAGUCACUUAAUGGCUUAAAUUGAGAGAAUUUUUUUAUUAUUAGAAAAAUGUGAUAUGAAGC